UGUGUGUGAUGGUUAAUAAUCUCUCUGGACUUUCACCUCAAACACUCUCCCUCUCUCUCUCUUCAGUUUUCGGUGCUCGGCCGUCCAGACGUCAGACCUCUGCAGAUGAAAUGGAAGACAACCAUCAGAAACAUGAUUACCCGGCAGAAGGGCGGAGUCACAAUGCAGACGGGACAAUGGCAGAAGACAGAAAAAUAAAAGAGCCGGUAGAAGCAAAGAGGGCGGAGUCAGACAUGAUCUAUACCAUUGAGGACGUUCCACCGUGGUACCUGUGUAUUUUACUGGGACUUCAGCAUUACCUGACGUGUUUCAGCGGCACCGUGGCGGUACCGUUCCUCCUGGCGGAGGCCAUGUGUGUCGGUCGAGACCAGAACACCAUCAGUCAGCUCAUCGGAACCAUUUUCACCACAGUCGGCAUCACCACUCUGAUCCAGACCACGGUGGGAGUCAGACUUCCUCUGUUUCAGGCCAGUGCAUUUGCUUUCCUGAUUCCUGCUCAGGGGAUCCUGAGUCUGGACCGCUGGAAGUGUCCCAGUGAGGAGGAGAUUUAUGGGAACUGGAGUCUUCCACUGGACACCUCACACAUUUGGCAGCCACGAAUCAGAGAGAUCCAGGGCGCCAUCAUCGUGUCCAGUCUGCUGGAGCUCGUCAUCGGUCUUUGCGGGUUGCCAGGGUUACUGUUGGAAUACAUCGGUCCGCUCACCAUCACUCCAACUGUCUCACUGAUCGGCCUGUCUGUCUUCACUACGGCUGGAGACAGAGCCGGGUCUCACUGGGGCCUGUCAGCACUGUGUAUUUUCCUCAUCGUGUUGUUUGCUCAGUACCUGAGGGCGACAUCACUUCCAGUUCCCUUUUACAGCCGGACGAAAGGACUGACGUCCACCAGAGUCCAGAUCUUCAAGAUGUUUCCUAUCAUCCUCGCCAUCAUGCUUGUUUGGCUCGUCUGUUACAUCCUCACUCUGACUAACCUGUUGCCGAUCAAUCCCGAUCAGUACGGACAUAAAGCUCGGACCGACGCCCGCGGAGACAUCAUGACCUCAGCACCCUGGUUCAGGGUGCCCUACCCCUGUCAGUGGGGGUUGCCGGUGGUUACGGUUGCCGGGGUGUUGGGGAUGCUAAGUGCGACCAUGGCGGGAAUUGUGGAGUCAAUCGGCGAUUACUAUGCCUGUGCUCGUCUGUCGGGAGCCACGCCUCCUCCUGUCCAUGCCAUCAACAGGGGAAUCUUCACCGAAGGCUUCUGUUGUAUCAUCGCUGGUUUUUUAGGAACAGGAAAUGGCUCCACUUCCUCCAGCCCAAAUAUAGGCGUUCUCGGCAUCACCAAGGUGGGCAGCAGGCGGGUGGUGCAGUACGGAGCAGGCAUCAUGUUAUUGUUGGGCUCGGUCGGGAAGUUCACGGCCCUGUUUGCCUCGCUGCCUGAUCCGAUCCUCGGCGGGAUGUUCUGCACGCUGUUCGGGAUGAUCACCGCGGUCGGUCUGUCCAACCUGCAGCUGGUGGACCUGAACUCGUCCAGAAACCUGUUUGUUCUCGGCUUCUCCAUGUUCUUUGGUCUGACGCUGCCGAAUUACCUGGACACACACCCCAACUCCAUCAAGACAGGUGUCGCCGAGCUGGAUCAGAUCCUGACGGUUCUUCUGUCCACUGAGAUGUUUGUUGGAGGUUUUUUGGCUUUUUGUCUCGACAAUACAAUACCAGGUUCCCGGCAGGAGCGAGGUUUAGUUGAAUGGAGAUCUUUCUCCUCUUCAUCCUCCUCCUCCUCCUCCACCUUCUCCUCCUAUGAUCUUCCUGUGGGGAUGGGCCUGAUCAGGCGAAUUCGUUGGCUCAGACGAUUUCCCAUCAGCCCCUCGUUCAGAGGGUUCAGGGCCUCUGAUGACCCACCGAUUCCUGAGAAGGAGGAGGAGGAGCAGCGAGGACGAGUAGAAGCGGCAGAGGAAGCUGCUUACAUCCACCUGUCCAGCAGCAGGGUAUGACUGUGACGUCAUCAAUCACACCGGUCAGGUGCCGUCAUAUAAGUCAUAUAUUUAAAUUUUCAUGCACAAACCGUUAAUCAAAUUAAAUCAGAUGAGAUGAUGUCACAGCUGAUUGAUCAGCUGAUGCUGCGUGAUGUCCCACGUCUAAUGAAACAAUAUGAUCAUCACUGGAGGACGAUGUUCUCUGCAGCUGUUUUUAUUUUCAUUAUUUUCACUGAAGACUGCAGUUCAGCCUCUGUCACCAUGGAAACCGUAAACACGAGUGACUGUCAGUAUUUUCAUGACCUUUUACUUUAAUGAAUAUUUAAAAAAAAGUAAAAGGUAUUUUUAGAAUAAGUGUGAGAGGGGACACUGUAAAAAUAUCUCAACUAAAACACGUGAGUUAGAAAAAUAUGAACAAAACAAGUAAAAAUUUAUAGACUGAAAGCAUAAAUUUAAAAAUAAUAAAAUACAAAGUAUAAUAAUCAUACCACAAUAAUAAUGAUAUGCUUUGUUAUGUACAGUUUAUUUCUAUAUUCGUUUUCACUAUACAUUCAACAGGGACACAGACACUUUCACAUAAAUCUUGUUUUUCUCCUGAUGUUUUGUUUUUCAUGUUUGUAUUUUUUUUAUUUAUUUCACCUUCAUGUUGCACUAGUGUCACAUAUAAAUAAUAUAAAAAACAACAAUGACGACCACUGUGAAUGUAAAUCUUUUGUACCACAUUCAUUUUUAUUAAAAUUUUCAUUCUUUA